UUGGCCACUCUCUCCUCCCUAUUUAUCUGAUUGAAUAAAAAAAAACAGACGACCCUUUUUAGAAAGACGGGAAUUCCUGGAUUUCCGCCAUGCAGAAGAAACCCAUCAACGCCAACUCUCUGCUGGACAAGCUGCACCGCGGCGCCGUCUAUGCCUGCAUCGGAGUGACCCUCUACGGAACGUAUAUUCUUGGCAUGCGCUAUUACCACUACUACACGGUCAUCCGGCCGGAGAAGCAGCAGGCGGAACUGAAGCUAUUGGACGAAGGGGCCGCCGACAAGGCCAAGGAGUUGAAAUACUAAACACCCCGUUCCUGCAUCCCAUUUUUUUUGUUUAUGUCUGUUAAGAGCAAUAAAUCGUAAGGAAAUGUC